AUGCCUCCCGCACGACCUGCAAGGCGGGCCGUGAACGACGAGAACGCGGAGAAUGUCGGUACCACUCGUCUGACGCGUGCCAAAGCUGCUGCGCUGGACAGCAAUGCUGUUGGUGACCCACCAAAGAAGGCCGCGCUCGGCACCAAGCGUUCCACCGCUACCCUCACAACUGCUGCCACCCUUGGCCGCACGCGAGCCGUCCUAGGAGACGUGAGCAAUGUUGCCAAGCAGGGCAAUGUCGAGAAGGGGGAUGCAAAGAAGGACCCAUUGGCCAAGGGUGGCCUGUCCAAGACCUCAAAGCCGCAGGGCAUUCAGAAACAGCCUGCGCGCACCACAUCGACCCGCACUGCGCUGGGCAGCAAGACCACGAACAACGCGUCUUCGGGCCUAAAGCGUCCCGUCAGCCAAGGCAAUGGCCUCACCGGUCCUGCAAGCAAAAAGAGAGAUCUGUCAUCCACCAAGCCAAAACGCGUGGUGGAGGAUGAUGAGGAGGAUGUAGAGAAUGCACCUCCGGUCAAGAACGGCGCUAGUGCUGCGCCCAAACGCAAGUCGUCUACCAAGGUCGUGACGGCUCCCAUUGAGACUGUUGAGAUCGACUCGGAGUAUGAGGAAGAUGAUGCAGAGAUGUCCCUCGAGGAAUUCACCAAGGAUGCCAAGGACCUCGACACUGAAGACUUGGACGACCCCCUCAUGGUCGCAGAGUACGUGCAUGAGAUCUUUGACUACAUGAAGGAGCUUGAGAUCUCCACCAUGCCCAAUGCCGACUACAUGGACAACCAAGGCGAGCUCGAGUGGAAGAUGCGUGGCAUCCUGGUUGAUUGGCUGUUGGAGGUCCACACUCGGUUCCGCCUCCUCCCGGAGACUCUCUUCCUCGCUGUCAACAUCAUCGACCGCUUCCUCUCUUGCAAGGUCGUCCAGCUUGAUCGUCUCCAGCUCGUUGGCGUCACUGCCAUGUUCAUCGCGUCCAAGUACGAGGAGGUCCUGUCGCCACAUGUCCAGAACUUCGUCCACGUCGCCGACGAUGGUUUCAAGGACACCGAGAUCCUUUCUGCAGAGCGCUUCGUCUUGACCACCCUCGACUACGAUCUCUCCUACCCCAACCCAAUGAACUUCCUCCGUCGUAUCUCCAAGGCAGACAACUACGACAUCCAGACCCGCACACUCGGCAAAUAUCUCCUCGAGAUCGGUUGUCUAGACCACCGCUUCCUGAAGCACCCGCCUUCGCAGGUUGCUGCAGCCGCAAUGUAUCUCGCUCGUCUCGCUCUCGAUCGCGGCGAAUGGGAUUGCACUCUGGCCAAGUACGCUGGCUACACUGAGUCGGAGAUUCAGCCCGUGUUCAAGCUGAUGGYGGACUACCUGUCGUCACCAGUCAUACAUGAGGCUUUCUUCCGCAAGUACGCUUCAAAGAAGUUCUUAAAGGCUUCCAUUGUCCUCCGCCAGUGGGCGAAGAAGUGGGCUCCGACAUACCUUGGCGAUGUGACUGCGCACUCAAGUGGUGGCAAGACUCCUCGCUCAUAG